CUGCUUCCAAUAUUGACAAGGAAAAGUUUAUGCUUUACCGGGAUCGGCAUAAGCAAUGAAUCAUCCUCGUAGCCAAUUAAGCGAUAACCUGAUGUCACCCGGCAAAUGCACAAUGAUUGUGUUAUCAAUCCCGCCUCGCCCCUGGCAAGUGAUACAAGAGCUGCGUAAACAUACGGGGAAAUUGCGUCCAUCCAUCCGUCCGUUCGCGUCUGUGCAUUCCCGGUGAUUCAUGUGCGUGUUCAGGCCAGCCAGGCAAGGUGGUGAUGAUCCACCGGAGGACACUCAGUACUUGCCGGACCACAGACAGCGUAGCAGCAGCAGCAGCAGCAGCAGCAGCAGCGUCAACAGUCUUCUCUGUCGUCGAUCAUCGAUCAUCAGUCAGUUAGUGUGUUGUCCCUUGAUCCUGCCUAGACACUUUUUACAUCCCUUGAGCAGUGCAGUCCCUGGCUAGAAAGGAGUAAUUUGUGGCCACAAUAUUAGUGCACAAAGGUGAACCGGAACGAGGCAAAAUGUUUAAUCGACUGCGAAUGCGUAAGGAGAAACCGUCAAAGUCGGAAACGAUUUCCCCCACCAAAACGGCCGUCAUACAGGAUGCAGCGAAGGAGAACAAGAACCUGAUCCUCGACAAUAGCCGCUGGGAGCGUCGCCUACAGAAGGAACUGAUGUCACUGAUCAAAGAACCUCCGCCAGGGGUGUCGGUGGAUGAAGAUAGUGUCAGCCAAAAUCUAACUCAGUGGAUCAUAAACAUCGAUGGUGUCGAGGGGACGCUCUAUGAGGGGGAACACUUUCAGUUGCUGUUCAAAUUCAACAACAAAUAUCCGUUCGAUUCGCCGGAGGUAACGUUCAUAGGUUCAAAUAUUCCCGUCCAUCCACACGUGUACUCCAAUGGACACAUCUGUCUAUCCAUCCUAACGGAUGAUUGGUCACCAGCGUUGUCAGUGCAAUCCGUGUGUCUUAGUAUAUCGUCGAUGUUGAGCAGCUGUCGAGAGAAGCGCCGGCCACCGGACAAUGGAAUCUACGUAAAGACGUGCAACAAAAACCCGAAGAAAACGAAAUGGUGGUACCAUGACGAUUCCGUGUAGAAAACCGACCGCAAGCGCAUCAGAGACCGGUUCCUUCAGCUCUGUGGGUAUCGUUCUUUGUAUUGUUAUCGCAAAGCACCGAACGGUGAAUCGAGCGGCGAGAACCGAUUGAUCGUUAAAAUUUCUUUAAAUCCGGUACGAUUGAUCGCUGGUUUGCUGAUGAACGGUGAAAGAACUCUGCCACCACCAGCGAAGAGGAUGGACAGGUGGGAUGAAUGACGGCAGUAGUAGAUUCAGCGUAAAACACACGAAUAAUAAUGUCGGACAGCAGCAGAAGGGGAAGCGAACGUGUGAUUGUUUCAAUCAUCUUGGAUUCCAUACAGUAGAGCAAAUCAGCAGCAGCAGCCAGUCAGUCAGUCUCUUUUGUAGUAUUCGUAGCAUAAACUUCCUCAGACGAACAGUGUGUGAGUGUGUAUGCUUAAUUUAUUGUAUAAUCCCUUUCGCCCUAACUAGCCCCGUUAACUAGUUUGGCAACCCAGUCUCGCACCGGUGACUAACAUGGAUGCGGGCCCAGAAGCCAUGCCCAGUCAUUGAAUUAGGUUUAUUCUUAUUUGUAGCGUAUACUAGAGAGUGAUAGUGCUGUGUAGGUUUAAAUCGUGAGUAUAACGUGCGCAAGACGAUUGAUUUGUUGAUAAAAAAUUCCCCCGCAAUUCCCUUUCGGGUCCUUCAGUACCGCCAUAGUGUAACUGAGUGAUACGACUAUGUAAAAAGCUCCCAAUACUUAAUCGAUACCCGCGUCGCCUAUCGUAAAGCGGUAUGGAAGCCGGUGUGAGAGUAAGGAUGCUGCCGGUUUGUGGUCACCAGUUGAACCCAGACAACGGCACGCAUGAAAUGACUUAAGCGUUAGGAUCACAAAAAACACACGAAGCGUAAAAAUGUGUUCAUGAAUGUGUGUUUGGUUUCGGUAGAAGCGCGUUAGGAUGAUGCGUGGGCAUCCGACUGGACUGGACCGGUGCACCAUUUAUCGAAAUUAUUCUCGCAAACAUUCCCUAACCGAGCUCCCUCGAGGCGCCACCAGGAUAGAGGAGCACUAUAGGAUAGCUCACACAUCUUCUUAUCGGACUUAACCAAGUGCAGCAGUCCAGAAAUUUCGAAUUACACCGCACACUCAACAAUAAAAGGACGGGAGGGUAGGGAGAGCGAGAACGAAAGCUUAGUUAUAUCGUUGUCGUUCUUGAUAGUGAUUAGCGGACGGAAGGAGGAGAUAUACAGCUCAGCGAUCAUCGAGUCGACAUUUUACCGAUUACAUUAAACCCACGUGUUUGGCUUACCGAUCAGCAAGCGAUCGGAGAUGGCCGUCCGUCAAUUUCGUAUUGAAGCGCUAAAAAGGCGAAGCAGAUAUACAGCACACACGUGUCUAGCACUUACGCCCGCCACCGCCUGAUUCUGAGCACUGAUAAUGUAGAAAGAGUAUUUCACUACUCUACCUAUUCUCCUACCGCAAUCCAUCAUCGCUUCCGGAUGUUGGCCACCAACGCUAGUGCUAGGGCGGCGCGACGACCUGAUGUUGGUUGGGAGAUAAUGUUUUAAGGAUCUAAAUACAAUUGCAAGCAAUGUU